UCUGGCCGAUUCAAAAACCUGCGAACCCGCGGAGUGUAAAGGUGGAGUUGGAGAGACUGGGUAUAUUUUUGCUAGAAAUCGGCCUGAAAAACGAUUAAAGAUGAGUAAUCAGAAGGAAGAACCGAAGAAGGAGAUACCCGAAGUGAUCUAUGACUCGACGACGGGAAGAAAGUACCAGAGAGGAAAGUUUUUGGGGAAAGGAGGCUUUGCAAGAUGCUACGAACUGACAGACAUGAAAACCAAAGAGAUAUUUGCUGGAAAGAUUGUAGCAAAGUCUCUCCUCGUCAAGCAGCAUCAGAAGGAGAAAAUGUCUCAGGAGAUUUCUAUCCACCGUAGCUUAAAGGAUAGACAUAUUGUUGGAUUUCAUGGAUUCUUUGAGGAUUCAGAUAAUGUUUACAUUAUUCUUGAACUGUGCAGGAGAAGGUCCUUGAUGGAAUUGCACAAGCGUCGUAAAGCUGUCACAGAACCAGAGACAAGGUACUUUCUGAAGCAGCUGUUGUUGGGUGUUAAACAUCUCCAUGAUCGCAAAGUGAUUCACAGAGAUCUAAAGCUCGGAAAUCUAUUUCUUAAUGAUGAAAUGGAACUGAAGAUUGGUGAUUUUGGUCUAGCUACCAGGGUGGAUUAUGAGGGAGAAAGAAAGAGAACACUCUGUGGUACUCCUAAUUAUAUUGCUCCAGAAAUUCUUUGCAAGAAGGGCCAUAGUUACGAAGUUGAUGUGUGGUCUUUAGGUUGUAUUUUAUAUACUUUGCUAGUAGGUAAACCUCCAUUUGAAACUCAAACCCUAAAGGACACAUAUAUGAGGAUCAAGAAAAAUGAAUAUCACAUCCCAUCUCGCAUUGGUCCACUAGCCCGGUCCCUCAUCCAAAGAUUGCUGCAGGGGGAUCCCACACGUAGACCUAAUGUUGAUAGUAUCCUAGCUGAUGAUUUUAUGACUAUGGGAUAUAUCCCAACUCGCCUUCCCACAUCUUGCCUCACGAUGGCUCCUAGAUUUGACUCAAGAUGUUCCAUUGUAGCUACUAGGAAACCUCUUCUGGAAAUUAACACCAAAGAUGGAUCUCCAAUCAAGGUCGGACUUAAAGAUGGAGUUAAGAAGACUGAAGUUGGUACAGGAAGGGGCACUGCAUCUGCACCUAUCGGGAGCACCGCUCAGCAGCAGGCAGUGGCACAACAAGCAGCCUCAGCACAACACAAAUCGGAUGAGCCAACUGACUGUUACCUCAAGGAAUUGUACGCACAAAUUACGUCAGUAGUUGCUUCAAAGCCCGAUGAGAGGGAUAAUAUCAAUGAAGAUGAGAGCGAGGAUCCGGCUGCCGUGCCCAUGAUCUGGGUGAGCAAGUGGGUUGACUACAGCGAUAAAUAUGGUCUUGGAUACCAGUUGUGUGAUGACUCCAUUGGUGUGCUCUUCAAUGAUUUCACCAAACUUUUGUUGCUAGCUGAUGGAGAGAACAUUCAUUACAUUGAGCGUUCAAAUGCUGAACACUACCAUACACUGAAGAGCUACCCAGGAGCAUUAAACAAAAAGGUGACGCUGCUGCGCUACUUCCGUAACUACAUGAAUGAACACUUAUUGAAGGCAGCUGCCUCUAUGUGCCCAAGGGAGGGUGAUGAGCUUGCCCGAAUCCCCUCACUCAGGACCUACUUCCGGACACGAUCCGCCAUCAUUCUUCACUUGACUAAUGGAACACUUCAGAUCAACUUCUUUGAAGACCACACCAAGAUUAUUCUGUGUCCUUUGAUGGGUGCUGUCACAUACAUCGACGAAAAGAGGAAUUUCAAGACCUACAGGCUGGCCAGCCUUGAGAAGUAUGGAUGCCGACCUGACCUUGCGAACCGCAUGCGUUAUGCUCGCAACAUGAUUCAAAAGCUUAUGGUUACGAAAUCCUCCACGACCAAGUCCUCCACUGCUUCUUCCUCUGCUGCUGCCCAGCACACUCAGCCCACCACUGCUUAAAUAGUGCAACGAUAAAAGUUACUGUCCAAAGGUUGAAUAUUUAUUCACCAGUUUUCUAGUUAUCUAUUGUUUAAGCAUAUAUGUACUAGAUCUAAACUUGGUUAGAAUAGUUGACAAUUUUUAGCAUGUUACCUAAGUUGAAGAACAUAGAGCAUUUCUGUAUCUCUUCCUACCUGUGACUACAAGUGUCCAUGAAGUAUGCCACUGUGGCAGUGCUUUGGAGGUGCUGGAUAUAAAUAUCCAUUCAGGUGGAUUAACUUGUACCAAAGUGAUAAAUGUAUGUUAGGAUACAUCUUUGUAAUUAGCCUCAAAGGACUGACGGGAAAAGUCAGUUUAGGUCAGUUUAGUAAGUCCUGAUUUAUAUUUUCUGAUAAUUUUCAAGGAUACACACUAUUGCAUGAGUAAAGACUUAGGUUUUAUGAUGGUUAAAAUAAAACCUGAUAGAAUGAGGGGUGCAACUUCUAGCUUGGAAUCAAGAUUUAGAAAAUCAUUGAUCUCUUAUACUUGUAAAUGAUCUUGUUUCUUGUAUCAUUGCUAACUAGCCCUUUGGUUUCAUGUCUGUUAGCAUGUUACACUGUAUGCUACUUAGUUGGCAUCUAUGGUUAUACCAUAUUAAUGAAAUGAAAAUCCUAUAUAUUUAUUAUUUUUAGACAUGUUGGUUUUAUUUAUAGGAUGUUUUUUUAAGUUGCAAUAACUGAGAGGAAAACACAAGGUGAAUCACAGUAUUUUGUACUACUAAUUCAUAAUUUUUAAAGAUAUUAUUCCAGUACAUGACUUUGUUCUAUUUGGUUUAGCUUAUGGAUUUCUAUUAUAAUAUUUUUAUAUUGGUUUUGAUUGUAUCUGUGGAGUAUAUUACUGAUAUACCAAACUCAGAUAAAAGUGUGCUAGGGAAUGAGUAUGCUUUAUUUCUGUUUUCAGUGCUAUUGGGAAAUAUUGUUAUUGGAAGAUUGGGGUGAAAUUAAGGCUAGAUUGUGAUUACAAGAAUGUUCUGGCCACUCCAGAGACAGUUUUAAUUUUUUUAUGAUCUAGGAAGAGCGAGUCCCAUGCAUUGCGCCCUUAUGUUGAUAUAAGGAAUUAUUAAAAAACGUUGGCUAUUAAACUGUUUAUUUUAUGUGAACUCAUGUUCACUCAUGUUCUUCCUUUCCCUGUAGUAACAUGAAUGUAAAUAAUAACUGGUAGAUUGUAAUGUGUUUUGUACUCCCUGAUUGUAACAUUACAUACUGACUGUACUGACAAAAGUAGCAUAUAUUUGGGUUUAAAGUCAAGGAAAUUUAUUUAUAGAUUUUCAUAUUCCACACUGCCUUGCAAGAAAGAGUUCUGGUCACAUAUUUUCAUCUGACUGCAUAUCAUUUUGUUCAUUAUUUCCACAACUGUUUGUAAUAUCACGCUGUAUGUUUAUUUUACAUCUUGUAUCUCUAUCUCUUUAUUUUACGUGAUACAUAAGUGUACAUAGUCCAUGCAGUAAUAAAGUAUGUAUAAUUAA